AUGAAGAAAGCAUCCCUCAAUCUUGAUUCCCAAAGUACCUUUUUUAUUUCUAACACCAAAUCAUUUUCGAUCCUCGUCCUCGAUUCGAUCGGCCAGAGGCUACUUGGCGGUAAAGAUCCCCUGUCACAGAGCAAUAUGUUGAUCGAGAAGCGACUGAAAGAUAGACCGAUGUUAGGGUUUUUAGACCACAAAAAUAUGGACAAAACUCUUAACGUGACACUUCAGUUGAUCGUAACCACCACAAUAGCCAAUCAUUUGUCAUGUGAAGACAAAAGCAUAUUAGCAUUUAGUGACUCCUCAACUCAACCAUGUGAAAUGAUAGAUCUACAUGUUUCUUUCUGCAGAGGGGAGGACAAAAGGAUUGUAGACAUAGUUUUCUUCGUGGUUCUGUGUGAAAGCAUCUACAACGAUAUUCUUGAGAGAUCAUUUCUAACAAUGUUGGAUGUUGUAGCCUUUCUAGUUCAUUUGAUGAUGAAGUUCCAUAAUGAUGCAGGUCAGUCUAUCCUCGUUAAAGCUGACAUGUGUGGAGCUCUUCUUAUCUAUGAGGCAACGUUAAAGAACUCCCUAGAAUUUUUCAUCGCCCUUGGAAAAAUGAGAGAAAAGGUCGACAAAGUAACCAGCGUAGUCAAUCUUGAUGUGCAAGAGGAAUAA